CUCAGCAUCGCGACAGUAAAGAGCAGCGCUGCAGAUGCGAGUCUGGACCGAGCGUGCCGUGACCACAGACGGGCCGGACAGGAGCUGUGUUACGUCUGCAUGCAGCGAGCGCAGAGAAACCUUCCUUUAUACCAGUCUGAUGAGAGCAGAGCCGAGCGCGAGCAAGAACGAGUGUUAAUGCUUCAAGAACAUCAGAAAGACCUGCAGUAUUUCCAGAAAGAAGAGAUGGACAGACAGAAGAAGCGGGAGGACAGUCAGAAGCUGGCGGCGUUUAAUCUGGCCGCUGCAGAAGCUCAGAGACGCAGGAAAGCGCAGGCAUACAGCCAAUCAGACGGCUCGUACAUCUUCGUGGUUCGAGCCUGCAGCGCAGACUGUCUGCCGCAGCAGAGACGCUACAUGCAGGAGGCAGCCAGACGCAGACAGACGCAGACGGAGCUGAUGCAGACGGAGCUGAUGCAGGAGGCAGCCAGACGCAGACAGAUGCAGACGGAGCUGAUGCAGACGGAGCUGAUGCAGACGGAGCUGAUGAAGGAGGCAGCCAGACGCAGACAGAUGCAGACGGAGCUGAUGCAGACGGAGCUGAUGCAGGAGACAGCCAGACGCAGCCAGACGCAGACGCAGACGGGCAGACUGCAUCUGCUGCAGCUCUCAGAAGAGAUCGCAUUAGAAAAAUCUCAGCAGCUUCAUGAGAAACACGAGACGGCCAAGAAGUACCGAAAGGCACUUGAAGCACAAACGGAUCGCCGCUGUUCAGAAAUCUCUCCGCGUUUCGACGCGCGGCCCGUGUUUGGACUGAUGGACUCCAGUCCGGCGGCUUUAGCGGAGCAGAGACGGAGAGCGCAGAACAUCUCUGAAGAGCUGAUGAAUACAGCCAACCAGAGGAGGAGAGAAACGCUGGAGAAGCGCUUGAACGAGCAGAAGAGAGAAAGAGAAAUGAUGCAGAGAGACCUCAAAGAAAUGUUAGACGAGCGAAUCCAUCGUUACGAGAAGCUGCGUCUCCUGCGGGCCGCGUACGAGGAGAGCUGGCACCGCAGCGCCGACCUCAAACACCAGCGAGACCGAGAGGAACUCAACAGCAGGAGGUUCGGUGGUCAAACUCUGACAGAACAACUGGGAAAAUAUGAGCGAUGCAGUCAAUGCAAACGCAGCACCGCCAACCGCAGCGAGAGCAACGUCUUCAGAGACACGAAUUAUGUGACUGGAGCUCGACUGAUGCUGUAGACCUCGGAUUUCAACUCAGAUAAUAAAGAUGAGCAAAAUAAGUGUAUGCUUCCUCAUCCACAUUUACAGCAAACUGAGAGCAUCUGCUGUGUUCGUUUACACAGAGAUGAAUCACAUUGUGUUUAUUCUUCAGCACUGAUCUCAUCACAGCCGCAUUUCAACAUCAGCGAAGAUGAAGAAUGUGACGCGAAUGUGCAGAUGCAGAUUUUGUUCUUAUCUGAUAUGUUUUGAGCAGAACUUUAAAUGCGCCUUCAGCCGUAGAACAUGAUAUUGAGAUAUUUUGAUAUUCAUAGAUCCACAAACGCUUUGUUCUCUGUUUGCAGAAUUUUCUCAGAAAAUGAAUUCUUUGGAAAGAGAUGAAAGUUUUCUGCAUGUGAUUCAUCAGUAUAAAAGACGUGGUGGAGAAUGUGCCAUGAUGCUCCAUUAGUUCAUAUUUAACAACAUAUAAUGUUCUUGUAUCAUGACCAGUGCACACCUUAGAUGCGAUUCAGUGUUUAACAUUGACGCUGUGAGCUUUC